AAAGUUUUUGUUUUGAAAGAGUUUCGGUAUGCAAUAGGCGAGGCCUCUGCUUUUAGUUUAUGGAAAGUGAUCGUGCAAGUGUCAUGUUGUAAAAUGUCAGGAAGGGUGUCGCAUUAGGAUGCCAAGGAGUAGAGCUGGUAUUGAGUGACUCGUGAAGGGGGUGCUUAGUUUUGUCAAGAAUUCAAGCAUGCAUUUGGAAACUUCGUGCAUGCAUUGAGCUCAGUCGCUUAGGCCGGGUCUUGUGCGGAUUCAAAGCCUAAGGUUCAAUGACUUCCAGCUGGUUUUCUGGAGGUGUUUGCGGCUAAAGGAUUUGAAGGUGUGGCCAUUAUAGUGUGAAGCAGCUGUCCUAAGAUGUCCAGCACAAGAGAAGCACCCCUACGUUGUGCAGGCAGUAAGGUAAUGAGAGAAGAAACCCUGUCCAAACAAGCUGCUUGGAGGCCAUCCCGCCUGGUACAUCACUAAAGGACGGUGCAUCUGGCUUUCGAACAGAGAAUGAGAGGCCCCCCAUUUAACGCUGUUUCUCCUGCCAUUUAGCCCAGAGCAUCGCUGCGUGCAGAAGAUGUGAGGCUGCAGCAGAGCGAAUUCAGGAUUAAAAUAAAUAUAUAUUAAAAAAACAAAACAAACAAAAAAAAACAUUUCUUUUUAUUAAAAAAAACGGGUUAUAAAGUUACUCUGAACCAACACUUGCUCAGAGAAUCUCAGGUCCCAAUUUAUUUUAUUUUAUUUUAUUUUUUUUAAUUUUAUUUAUUUUUUUUUAAAUUUCUAUUUGAAAACAAAUAACAUUGUAACGAGUACAGCUCAGCAUGGGGGACCAGCCUCUUUACAAGCCUAGUCACUCAGGGAACGGCACGGACGGUGGCUAUUUCCAGCAGCAGCCAAACCCCAUGGCCACUAUGAGUGGAGGCUUGAACCACAACUAUGGGUCAUCCAGCUUGGAGCCCCCCCAGUCUUCCCCAGUGUCCCCCCAUUUCCCUCAUGACCCCGGGGACGGUUCUGCUGGGGCGGCCAUGCCAGUGUCAGCUAAGGGCUACUCCGAGAUGACAGAGGCCGCCAAAGGGACUGGGUCAUGGACCGGCUCGGGUAACCACCAUCAGAGCAGCUUGGUCAACUCCAACCUCAUGUGGGGCUCACCCAGCCCUGAGGAGUCUACAGACCCAGGCAGUGCCAGGAGCUACCAGUAUAGCUGCACAGCCCAGACGGCUGCAGAUGGGCAGCCUAAAGUCACAAGCAGUGUGUUGCAGAAGCUGGAUUCCUUCACCCAAGUCUUUGCAAACCAGAACCUGCGGAUCCACCAAGGCAGCGCUGACGGAAACGGGCACAGCUUGGCGGAACACGGGCAGUCAGCUGCCUCUUCCUCUUUGGCUGACAUCACUGCAGACAGCGCCCUACGGCAGCUCCUCUCCCAGAAGCCCCACCUGCACGAGCAGACACAGGAGACACCUGUGCAGCAGCAGCAAAGGUACCAGCUGGAACAACAGCAGAUGCAGAGGUCCUUUGAUGCCACACAGCCCAAGUCACAGCAGAUAACAGACGUACAACAGCAGCAGCUCUAUUAUGAGUACCAGCAGCAACAGCACCGGGUGGCACAAAUGCAGCACUUGCAGGCAUUGCAACAACGGCAACAGAUGCAAAGCCUGCAGUCCCAGCAGCACAUGCUACAGCACCAGCAAGCGCAGUACUAUCUGCAGCAACAGCAGAAACCCCAGCAACAGUCUGCGCAUGUACUCCUGCAGCAAUUGCAGCAGCAACGGAGCACUUAUUACCACAAGCAAGCACAAGCAGCCAUGCAUCAUUUGCAACAACAGCAAAUGCAACCGCUCUCUCCCCCACCACCAUACCACCAGAACCGGAAAAUUGUACAGCAUCAGCUCCAGUACUCUCCCCAGGAGCAAGCCCAUCCUGUCCAACACAUCCAGCUCUCCUCAGGGGCAGCCCCCUAUUACUAUCAGGAGCAGCAGCAGACAGCAUCAACCCAGCAGCAGUAUCAUAUACAGGUCUACCAGCAGAACGCCCAUUUGCAGCAGCAGGUGGAGGAAGAGCGUGCCCUGCAGUCUCCACCCAAGCAGUACCUGCUGGAGCCCAGCUGCCAGCUUCAGAACCCAGGGGACCCUGCUGCCACUGCUGUCUCUGGGCUCCCAGAGGGCAGAAACGAUGGCCUGGCCUGCAGCGAGGUCCUACCCCACAUGGGUCUCCCCAGUCCCCCACACCAGCCGCAGAGGUGUGUCAGGGAGGCACUGCCCACCAUGCAGCUGGCGAGCGGCAAAGGGGCACAGAAGCAGCAGUCACCCAGUACGCUUUGGCCACAGGUGUCAUUAACAUCAGAGAGAAGGCGAGAUCCCACCUCUCCUGACCACAGCUCCCUCAAUAACACAGGCUUCCUGGAGAGAGUGGAGGUGAAGAACAAGCUGGUGUGCUCCAUGUGUCAGAAGGAGUUCAAGAGUCUACCCGCCCUCAACGGCCACAUGAGGUCACACGGGGGCACGAGGACCGCACCCAGCCCCAAGCAGGAUGAAGGGGACAAGCAAGUACCCAAAGAGGUGGACCCCCUUUUGCCCAUCGUCAUGCCUGUCUCUGUACCCAUAAAGCUUCCCCCUGCUGUGCGGCCCGCCGCGGACCUCGCGCCCACUCCCUGCUGCCCCCCCGACAGAGACAUGCCUGUGCUGGUAAGGAUGGCCGAGUCUCCACCGCUGCCAACACCUCCGCCGUCACUGCCAGCUUCCCAACAGCCUCUGCAGCAGUCGCCACACUCCUUCGCAGCGGCCCACCCUGCCUCCUCAAAGUCUGUCCGCAAGCCGCUGAAGAAUGAGAAGGCAGGAGGCGUCAGUGCGGGGCGUGGCCAUCCAGACAAGAAGAAGUACCGGCACCGUCCAGACCCGCUCAUCAUCCCCCCACCCUCCCUCGGCCUGGUUCUGGGGGGCGCAGUCCUGUUCCAGAGCCAGCUGCGCUCCCCACGGAUCCAGGGGGAGAUUCCUCCCUACACACCCCCGCCCAUGUUGAGCCCCGUGCGGCACGCCCCAGGCCUCUUCAGCAGCAUCCUCCACACUGGCGUGCCCCCCAUAAUACCCAUCACCCCCCGGGUGCUGCUGGGCAGAGCCAGUAGCGCUGAUGGAAGCAGCGUCCCAGUGACACCCCGGCCGGGAGAGCAGGCUGUCGACACUGAACCGCAUAUCAACAUUGGCCCCCGGUUCCAGGCGCAGAUUCCUGAGCUGCAGAGCCGUUCGGCAGUGGAGGGGGAUCAACACAAGGCCAACAUGGUGUGGACACCAAGAGCAGAGCUGCAGAGCCCCGGUGCUCGGCAGAGAGUGGAAGACUUGGUCAAUAUGGCCUGCUCCAGUGUGCUUCCAGGGGGAGGGACUAAUGCUGAAUAUGCUUUGCACUGCCUUUUCGAGACCAGAGGAGAUUUCAUGGAUACUGUGGAAAAGCUGCUGCUGUUGAAGCCCAUGAGACCAAAAUCUCACCCUUUGGCUGAUUACCACUACGCUGGAUCUGAUAAAUGGACCCCUUUGGAGAAGAAGCAGUUCAACAAAGCCUUAGCCACACACAACAAAGACUUCUCCCUUAUACAGAAAACAGUGAAGACUAAGACAGUAUCUCAGUGUGUGGAGUACUAUUACACAUGGAAGAAGAAACUCCGUCUGGGGAAAAGACACCGGACCCGCCAGGCAGACAUCAAUGACGAAGACAUGCAGAGUGGCGAGGGUGAGGAUGUCGAGUCGGAUGAGCUGGAAGAGGAUAGCAAGUCUGGCGAAGAGGAGGAGCCUGAGGCACCCAAGUCUCCAGACCUGCUGGGCAAAACCUCCCUCGAGCCAGAAGCCUACCAGGACUCAGUACAGCUCAGCACCUUCUUUGUGUGUGAAAUGCCCAACUGUGGAGCUGCUUUCAGCUCCAUGCAAGCUCUGAACGGCCACGCCCGUAUCCACGGCGGCACAAACCAGGUGACAAAGCCGUCCCCGAGAGGCAAACCCAAAGCCAUGUCCCAGUCUGGCUACGGCUCGGUGAAGAGCUCCCCGGCUCACAGCACCACCAGCGGCGAGGCCGACCCCACCCUGAUCUUCCCCUGUAAGGAGUGUGGAAAGGUGUUCUUCAAGAUCAAGAGCCGCAACGCCCACAUGAAGACACACCGCCAGCAGGAGGAGCAGGAGCGCAAGAAGCAGCAGCAGCAGCAGGGCGCCCAGGAGGUGACCGGGCCCAUCAUGCUGCCCCUGGACCACAUGGAUCUGAUCAAACCGCACGGGGCCCAGAGUGAGGCGCUACACACACACCUCCUGCUAACCGACGACUUGGAAGACUUCCUGCAAGACUGCAAAGAGGGUCUGUAAUGGGGGUGGAGAGAGAACAGGAGCCAUGGGGAUGAGCGGAGGGCAUCUCCCGGUUACUGAUCACCGAGGAGAGCAGUGCUGGGGUGCUAUGGUGGAUCCUGUUAGGGAAUGAUGGGAACCUUUGUGCAGGACAAUGCUGAUGGAUUGAAGACAUGAGAUGGGGAGGGAGGGAUCAAGUUAUCCUGAAAUGGAUGCACGGCUAAAGCUUGAUUUUGAGGAAUGUAUAGAAACUGCUUGGGUCUCCGGUUUUCUAUACCAGAGUGAUGGAAUAGGGGCUUCCAAGCUUAGAAACAGAUAUCUUCAAUCAAACAUUGCUGUGUGGGAGAGCAAGAGAUUUCCUGAGCACAAAACAAAGAUAAAAGGUUCAGUGAAUCAUUGCACUGCUGUAGAAGAGAAGGGAGAAAUUCUCAGGUUAUGGUUAUUCUCAGAAUUGAACAUUGCUCUGUGGUGUGUGUGUGUGUGAGAGUGCAUAUGAGCUCAUAACACAAGUCUGUUUUAAAUGUUGCUCUAUUAUGUGUUGGAGAGAGAGAGCUUGAGUCUGAUUCGGGGGGGGGAUUAAACUCCAUUUAAAUCUUCAGAUUAUCCUCUUCACAAGUGAAGCACAGGCAAUAGAAAUAGUUGAAUGUGGAACUGCUGGUCAGUUUCCCAUAGAAGCGAUAGUCAUCUGCAGAACUUUGUAGCUACCUCCAUAUACGGUUGUUAAAACAAAACUAAAAAGUGUUUCUGCACUAGCCCUGGGUUACUGUCCGGUCUAGAUUCUCAACAAACCAACGAGCACUGGAAUCCUGAAAAGCGCAGAACGAGGUGGUGUUGAAUGUUUGUAAAGCAAGUACAUUUCAAGGAAUGUUAAAUUGUGUUGCUUGUUCUGUUGCUUGUUCUGUUGCACUCCUUGUGUGUAAAUGAACCUGCAUGUGUGUCGAGGAGCUGGAACUUGAUGAUUCAAGAUCUCUGUUGAUGGGUAGAG